AUGAGUGGUAUCUCGCAUCAAGUUCAACAAGAAGCUCGUACAGUGGCCGAAUUUGUGGCGAGGGCGUUGGGACGAUGGACCGGAACCAUUGUCGGCACAUGGAAAAUAAGAUAUGCCGUCAGCAAUCGUAGAGUCCUUGGAGCAAAUUCCGAUCUGAAGCGGAAGGACUACGCCAUGUCUCCAAUAUUGCAGAUCAUUUUACAAUGCAGGAAUAGGCAUGGUACUGUCUUUGUUGUUCACGGUGGGGGAGGUAUGGGGAAAACAACGGCACUUUUUGCAGUCAUGGGCCGGUACACUGGCAAAGGGGUGGCGUUCUCCCCGGGGGAGUUGUCUGGCGAGUACAAGGAAAUAAUGCUUCGCCGCCUAAAUCUCGAUCCAAAAUUUCCGCCGAAUGGUUGGUUAGAGAAGUUCUUGGAUGAACUGAAGACUCCUUGGGGUGAACCCCCCGCAAUCCUUAUGCUGGAUGAUUUCAUGAAUGAGCGUCCCAACGAUCCUCUGGACAGAGCUCUUCUCAAAAACAUAAAGACUGCCAUUCGAGGGAAAAAUAUAGUGGUCUUUGCGUUGACUACCAACGAAAGAAGUGCAAACUUGAUGAUUACCUGGAAUACUAUGAAUUCAAUUGUGCCAGCUGCCCCCGACAAUGACGUUCGUCGUUGGCGCCGUCUCUACAGAGACCACCAAGAAGGAAGCCCCGAUGCCGAUGACGAGUUUGCAAUCAAUUGGAAUGAACGAAGUCGUAUGCGUUGGGAAGCAGAUGCACUGAAAAAAGCUGUUCUUGUCUCUCCCAAUUAUGUGAAAAAAUGUGAGGCCGAGAAGACACAGGUUGAAGCCGAUAUAGAUGUGCACCUACGAAACAUCGACGAAGGAGAACGAGAGACUAUCAACCCAUCCGCCCUUAUCGCUCACCUGGCUAGAACACCAAAUAUUGAUAUUCUAGAAUCACCCAGGGAUGGAUGGGAUCCUAACUGGAACUGCAGCGGGUUUUGGGGAAAUUAA